AUGGACGCAGGAGGCCAUGCAUUGAGCCUUACAGGAAGCCAUGCAGGAAGCCAUGCAUUGAGCGUUGCAGGAAGCCAUGCAGAGAGGCAUGCAGAGAGGCAUGCAGAGAGGCAUGCAGAGAGCCGUUCUCGGCGGUUGCUGUAUGAGCCUGAUGGUGCCAUGAGGUCACGGCACCACCGGCUGUUCAACUCGUGCUGGAGUGUGCAUGAAAGGCAUUACUACCUACCGGCGUCAUCUGCCAGCACACCAAUGACUGAAGAGUUAGCAGAACGGCUCAAGGCGUAUGCAGAGAGGCAGGCACGGUGCAUCAAUGGCGUGAAGGACUGGCCCGCUUUCCUCUCCAAUCCCACGAAGGGACUCAAAGACGGAGUGGAUGCAUCCUCGGUCCAGGAAUGCUCUUACCUCUACCAUCUCGACCCCGCAUACAGCGGCCUGGGCAAUCAGCUGCUUUCCCUCGUCUCCUCCUUCAUCUACGCCCUCCUCACCAACCGCACGCUCAUCAUCAACCCACACGCACAGGCAGCCCUUUUCCUCUGCGACCCAUUCGCCUUCACCCCUACCCCGUCUACCUGGAUGCCCAUCACAGACUCGCCCACCUUCGCUGCAUCAGAGGCAGACCUAGCGUUCUUCUGUCCGCACCACCAGGAGCACCCUCAUGGCUCCCUCUCCUCGGUUCGAAUCCUGGGUCUGCUAACCGACGCGUACCUACUCCCUGCUCUCUACCACGCACCGCAGUUACAGGCUGACUUGGAGCUUUUGUUCCCCGACCGCCUGCCGCUGAUGCACGUGGGGCGCUACCUGCUGCACCCCGCCAACUACCUCUGGGAGGAAAUCACCCGCGCCUUCCGAGCCUACCUCGCCCCAUACCAACACAGGGUCGGCAUCCAGAUCCGUGAGUUCCAGAAGUAUGUGCCGGCUGAUGACGUGCUGCAGAGGGUGGUGGAUUGCAUGGUGAAUGUGACUAAAGUGGUGGGUCCCAUAAUGGCACACGAGGACUGGGAGAAGCUGACGAAGCAGGCACCUCCCAGCAACGCCUCCCUGCUGAACCACGUGGUGGGAGAGCAAGAUCUGCUUCAGGAGCUGCAGCCAGCGAACGAGCGAUGGCAGGGGCAGAAGAACGAGACAGAGAAAGAGGAGCAAGCUAAAGCAGAGGGGGACGACAAGAAGGAAAGCGAGAAGGGAAGCGAGAAAACAGAAGGCGGGGAGACGCAGGGGUCAGGAAGAGAGAGCAGUGGUGCUGGAGGGGAGGAGUCAGAGAAAUCAGCUGGUGUAGUGGGGAGGAGGAGAGGGAGCGUGGGGGUGUUUGUGGCAUCGCUGCGGGCGGCGUAUGGGGAGAUGCUGAGGGAGAUGAGCACAGAGGGGCGGCCGGAGGGUGGACAGGGGAUUGCAGUCAGCAUGUGA